AUGCUCCUCUCACAUCAUUGUUCCUCGAGUGGGGAGAAAAAGCGGCAUCAACAAUCAGUGAAGAAUAAAAUGUCACUAAGGCUGCAUUCUCUUUGUUUUCUUCCCUCGGCGGUGGCUGCGGCGUGUGGGCUGCCUUCUGGCAUGUUUGCUCGGGGUGACUCGCACGUCUGCUCGAGGACUGCAGGCUUCCCGGCCAUCGUGGUGCGAUCCUCCCCAGCCAACAUGGGGCCGCCGGCCGCCACUUCCACUCUUAUCACGCUCCCUGUUUGUGCCUGUUCAGGGGGUACCUGUCAUCCUGCUAUGACAGUCUGUUCUGCCCUGCUCCUCUAUCCCCACGCCACCGUCUCUGCUCUUUCUCUGCUAGCAGUAGUUCCUGAACUCUGGUUACCGACAGCUUGCCAACAGCACACUCUGUGCCCUUGUCAUCUCUUGCCCAUCACACCUGCUGCUGCCACCUGUUCCGGUAUUUUGCCAACAUCUCCCCUACUGCCUUCAGUGCUGGCCGCCCCCGCCCCGCCCUGCCGGCCGGGGCUCCCGCACCGCUUGCACUACGACCCCCGCGCGUCUGUGAACACGGCGCUGCGAGCCUUGCGGAGCGUGCUGGCUGCGGCCUGCAGCUUGCGCGUCACGUCCGCGCGCACCGCACCCUGCCUGCUGCGGCCCUGGGGACUGAGGACCGGUACGGUCCGGACACUGCGCACAGGCUCGGCUCUGCUCUCUGUGCGUAAAUUCACAGACAAGCAUGAAUGGAUAACAACAGGAAAUGGUAUUGGAACAGUGGGAAUCAGCAAUUUUGCACAGGAAGCUUUGGGAGAUGCUGUUUACUGUAGUCUGCCUGAGGUCGGGACAAAACUGAACAAACAAGAUGAGUUUGGUGCUUUGGAAAGUGUGAAAGCUGCUAGUGAACUCCAUUCUCCUCUGUCAGGAGAAGUAACUGAAAUUAAUGAAGCUCUUGCAGAAAAUCCAGGACUUGUCAACAAAUCUUGUUAUGAAGAUGGUUGGCUGAUCAAGAUAGCACUCAGUAAUCCCUCAGAACUGGAUGAAUUAAUGAGUGAAGAAGCAUAUGAGAAAUACAUAAAAUCUAUUGAGGAGUGAAAAUGGAACCCCUAAAUAAACUAGUAUGAAACAACU